GUAUUAUAAUUAUAUUAACAAUCAUGGCUUAUUAUCGAAACUUUUAUAAUAUUUAUCAUGGAAGCAAUUCUACAUUCCAAAAUGAAUAUCCAAACGCAUUACCCACUCCUCCACCCCCUCCUAUCACGCCUUUUUCUUUAACGCCUAAUUUAUCUGAUCAAGAAUUCAUAAAAAAAUUUGAACGUCACAUAAAAUCAUCUUCUCACAUCAAGCCAAAAAAUACAAAUAUGGGGCAACUAAAAGAAAAGCUUUCAACUUUAAUGUUGCAAUUGAAAGAAAUACAAGAUAAACACAAGAAGUUAUCAGCAAAUGUUGAUUAUUACUCAGAAGACGAAUGGAAGUCUAUAAUGAACGCGAUUUCAAAUAAAAAGUGUGUUAUCAAUGAAUUAAUUUCACAAUUUAAUAGUCCAUAUAUGGAAUUAGCUAGGAAAUAUCUCGCCAAGAGGACAGCUAAAAGGUUGCGUUUGAAAAGGUUGCAAGAAGAACGCAAAAGGGAUAAAAUGGAUCGAAAGAGAGAGAAGGAGGAAAGAUCUAGAAAGAUUGAUGAGGAUCUGCAGAAGAUUAAGGAUGACAUACUCAAGGCAAAACAGGAAGAAGAAGCUCAAUUAGAAGCAGAUAUGGUACUCAAGGACGUAAUCAGAAAGAAGAGCGAUGGAAAAAAGUGUUUAGCUAAAAUGGAUGCCCUCAUAAAGCUGCGGCAAGCUAGGCAGAACACAGCCAGGGGGAGGGGUCAGAAUAUUUCCGAUAAUGAAACUGAUGCCUUUCAAAAAAAUAUCGAAAAAUUAAAAACCAUAUGGACGCAAAGACUAGAACUAUAUGAUAAAGAAGAAACCAGUCUACGGUCUCAGCUGACCAAAGCUAACAGUGAACCAGUUGAAGAAACAAUACAAAUUGAAACUGUACUGGGCACUUGGAGGCAGGUGCUAUUUGGUGGGGGGAACCCACAGGUUGAUUUUAAUGGAGAUAUUGAUAAGUUUGUUUCUGUCAGGUCUCAUUGGGAUCAAUACAUUGAUAGUGAAGGCACUCCACUUCCAAUUGGAUGGGUUGUCAACAUAUAAGUUGGAUUUUAUUUUCAGGCUUUCAAUACAUUUGAUAUUGCAUUUACAUUGCUUCCUAAUAAAUAAUUUGAUAGA